GUCCCCAGCAAAGGACCUCCUCCAGUGUGCAGAUGUUACUGGUAUGGUGCAGGAGAGCCUGGCUGCAGCUGGCUGAUCAGACAUCCUUGUAUGCUGCAUCUGGGGGUUCCGUUGUGGGCUGCACCGAGCUCAGUGCACGUACGAUCCGCCCGCCCAUAAUUUCUGGUGCGACCAAAGGUGCUUCAGAGACAUGUCCCAGGGCUGGAAAGAGCCCUCUGUGAUCAGGCAGUGCCGCUGGAAGGUGCAAAGGCAGGGAGGAGGCCCGGGCAGGGGCAGAGAGCCCCUAUGGGACGGAAGCUAAUGGAAGUGGGGUGGCUGGGUUGGAGGUGGGCUAGGCAGGCCGGGAGGUGGACCGAGGCUGGGUGGGUCGGUGGACGGGAAGCCACAUCUUGCAUAGCAUGGAGUUCUCCUUGCAGAUUCCUAGGAACGGUCUCUUCCCCUUCCCCCUUUCUGUGCCGCCCUCUUCUGGGAUCCUUUCCAGUCCGGACAGAGCCGUCCACUCCACUCCACGUCCCAUCCGCCUGAUCUCUUUCCGAAGGGCCCUCUGCUGGCAGAGCUGACGUGCUUCAGCCUCGAGGCUGCCUGGGAUCCUGGAGAGAGGCAGCUGGGUUAGAAUUCGGGCGGAGAGGUACGAGGUGGGGGGAUCCGGAGGGGCCGCUCAGGGCUGUGUGCACGAAGAGGCCGACCGUGAGCCGGGUUUGUGUGUCUGCACCUGCUCCACAGCUUCCACGGGGCCGCGAGAACCGCCGUGUCGCCCAGACCCUGCUCCAACACCUGCCGGUGCCGCUGCGCCAGCCAUGGUCCGCCUGCGAAGCUGGACCCUGCGCUGGGCUCUGCUGGGGGCCGGGACCCUGGUGCUUCUGUACCAAGCCAGGACCCACUACAGCCGGGGGAGCUUCCAGAGCUUUUCCUACAGGGAUCCUCUCGGAGCUCGCCAGCCUGGAGCCAGAGCCAUGACAGCGCAGGCACCGGUGACCCCGCUGGGCAGUAGGGCCCCCAGCGCCACGCUGCAGCCGUUCUUGGGGGACCUGUAUGGCCGGGACGAGACGUACCCGAACUCGAGGUGCCCCAGUAGCAUCAGGAAGAGGAUCGCAAGCACCAAGUUCAGCAGCGUCUUCCUGGAGGCCAUCCCAGUGCUGCAGUGGGCCCGGCAUGCCCGGCUGGCUGAGUAUCGACGCCUGCGGAGCUACGGGGGGGCCCACGGCUGGCAGGAGGUCGGCUGGCCCGUUGUGAGGGACGCGCUGACCCGUCUCAACACGUCGGCCAAUGAGCGCAUGUUCGACGCCCGCCCCGGAGCUGCUGCGGGCGUCUCCCCCUGCGUCCGCUGUGCCGUGGUGGGCAACGGUGGUAUCCUGAACGGCUCCCGGGCAGGGGCUGCGAUCGACCGGCACGACUACGUCUUCAGGGUCAACGGGGCCCUCACCAAGGGCUUGGAAAGAGACGUGGGCCGCAGGACCUCCUUCUACGUCUUCUCCACUAACACCAUGAUGAACUCGCUGCAUAACUACGCCAGCAACGGCUUCCGCCAGCCGCCCCAGACUCUGGAAACCAAGUACAUCUUCCUCCCGGACCACGACCGAGAUUACCUGCUGCUCCGGGCAGCCCUGACCCACCGCCCUGUCGACAGAGGCCCAGAUGAGGGUGCUCGGCCGGAGCGAUACUUCGGGAACGACCUGCGGGCGGAGAAGUUUAAGAUGUUUCACCCGGAUUUUAUCCGCUACGUCAGGAACCGGUUCCUUCGCUCCGGCAUUUUGGACACCCCGCAGUGGAGGCUGUACCGUCCCUCCACCGGGGCAGUGAUGCUGUUGGCUGCCCUCCACACCUGCGAUGAGGUGAGCGCUUACGGGUUCAUCACCCCCGACUACCAGGCCUACUCCGAUCACUACUUCGACCUGACGCACAAGGCCCUGGUGUUCUACGCCAACCACGACCUGCAGCUGGAGAUGAGCCUGUGGCAGGAACUGCACCAGAGCCGGCUCCUCACGCUGCACAUGAGAGGCUGAAGAUCAGGUCCGCGCUGGGCAGUGCAGAGCGAAGGGAUUGACGCACCGGCUCAGACUGGGACCUGGCUGGUGGGGCGCUGGGGCAGAGACACCGGCACUGCGCUGGGAACAAACCCUCCGUCAAGCGUGGAGCUGGGACCUAGACCUCAGGGAAGGAAAAGCCCCAUUGGACUGUCCAGCUGUCGCCCCACCGUGCCCAGGGCAGGACGCUGUGAGCUGGGCUCGGGCCUACGCCACGAGUGGAAUGAGUUUGUCAGGCCUCAUCGUGGCUUCGCAGCAGAUGGAAAGGUGCCUGGUUGCUUGGGGAGGCGUCCUCCUGCACUGGGCGACGCUGCCCUCCGCCACCUGCCAGCCCCAGGGCGGUUCCUGCCCAGAACAGAGUCGUCACCUGACUGACCAUCCCUGGAACAAGUCCAGGCUGUUGCUUUCUGGCGGGGGGAGGCGAACGGGGCUGAAUGCAGCUGGGGGGGCUGCGUAGCUUGCAAAACAGCUCGUGAGAAGGGGGCUGCGCGGCAGCCCUGGUCCAGCAGAGCCUUUCGCUGGGAGUGAACUGGCGCCAUGAGCAGGCCUCUGGGCUGUAACGCUGCUCGCUGGGUCCCCGAGUUCCCUCCAAGCGUCCCUCCCUGCUGCUGAGAAUUGCCUACUACAGGAGAGUGCCUGGCCCCGCAGGCAGGGAGGCCCGGCAUUCGAACUCCUCGGCCUGAAUAACCGGGGAAUGGGGGAGUUGGUAAGUCCUGUUACAAAGCAGAGCGACGCCUCUGUCUCUUGGAUUGUCCGUCCCCAAAUUCCAGCCAGCCUUGGGGGUGAGAUCCCAGCGGUGUGGCAUGAGUCCCUGCUGCUAUACAGAGAGCGUCCCUCUUGGAGCCAGAGCGUCCUUUGUCUAACCAAUAGCCCCCCUUCUCCCCCGGCCAGCCCCAUCCUGAACCGCCAAAGAAGGGUCCUCUACCCACGUAAAAGGAAGGGCAGUCUGAGAGCGAGGGAUGGCCUGACUCAGGAGCAUUGGCUAGGUGCCUUUCCUUCUGUGCCUCGGUUUCCCCGUCUGUAGAAUGGGAGUGGGCACUGCUCGUUAA